AUGACCUGGUACAGAAACCUUCCUCCCAACUCCAUCCACUCCUGGGCAGAACUCAAGAAGCUCAUCUCCAACCACUUCACGGCCUCUUGUCGACAACCAAAGUCCAAAGCAACCCUUGAAGCUGUGAUCCAAGGUACCGACGAGCCUCUCCAAGAAUAUCUCGACAGGUUCAACAAAGAGGCCGUCCAGGUGCAAACAACGGACGAUAUGAAGAGAUACCUCCUAGAACGAGGACUCCUCCCCGGGAGCAACUUCAAGAAGGCCAUCAAAAUUGAGAAGGUGCGCACCAUGGAUGCCCUCCUCCUCAAAGCCCAAGCCUACAUUUCUUUUGAGGAAGACGAAGCGGCUGUAAAGAAAGCCUCAAGAGGCAACGACAUUGCCCGCAGCUCGAGCCAAGACUAUUCUCUUUCGCGCCGAGGCCACGAAAAAAGAAAAGAUGACAGGCCCCGCGACACGAAGGAACAUAGAGGACCAGCUGGUCGUUUCAUUGACUACACCCCCCUAAACGUUUCACGCGAACGUAUUCUGGCCGAAUGCAAGAGCACCCAGUUCAAAAACUCCAACGUCAGGCCCCCGAGGCCAAAUCCCACCAGGCCGAGGACUGACAAGUCCAAAUACUGCAAGUAUCACAAGAGCCUUGGGCACUUGACCGAUGAAUGCAUACACCUCAAAGAUGCCAUCGAGACUCUGAUUAAGGAAAGUCGCCUUUCUAAAUAUACGAAGAAGGGAGAAUCUUCCAGGCGAGAAGGUCCAAGGAGCUCUGACGAGGACAAUUCACCGGACGACAGACCACUGCAGGUUGCUCUAUCCGUCACCCGACCAGAAGACUUCAUACUCUCGGUCGGAGUGACCUCCGCUCUGAGCCCACGGGAAGGAUUCCGAACCGCCAUGGUCAUCUCCAACGGCGGAGAUCCAGGCUUUCUCACGAUCACCUCGGUAAAGAGAAAGUUUGACGAGCUCAUCAGCGCCAAUUCAGACCUCGGUCCAACCCUCCAGAAGUUCAAGGGAAAAUCAGACCCGAUAACCUUCUACCUCGAAGAACUCCCUGACGGAGCCCCAAACGCCACGAUCCCCCUGCUCGUUCGAGCAAGGAUGGCUAAUUUUGACGUCUGGCGCAUCCUGAUCGACGAGGGAAGCUCGGUCUACAUCAUGUACUCCCAUCUUUUCAAAACCCUCAAGCUGGACGACUCCCACCUCACUCCAUACGUAGGUUCUGACCUCAAGGGCUUCAACAGAACCACCACCAAAGCCUGGGGUUACGUCGAGCUGAUUGCCACUUUCGGGGAAGGAGAAACUUCCAGACAAGUCAAGACACGAUUCCUGGUGAUCGACUGUAAGACUCUCUACAACUGCAUCAUCGGACGGCCCACUCUAGCCAAACUCACGGCCGUCCCUUCAACCGUGCACCUCAAGAUGAAGUUCUACACAAAAAGGGGACGAGUAGCCACCAUCAACGCCGACAUCGAAGCAGCCAGAAGGAUAUUCGACGCAUCGAUGAAAGGACUACAGCUGAUCACCCCUCCUUCUAGCGCCAACAAGAAACCAAGAGCCUAA